UUUGUACUCACCCAUGAAGUGAAGAUAGCGGACUGGAGUCUGCAAAGGAUAAGCGGCUCGGCCCCACCAUUCGAACGGCAUGAGUGCGGCCCAAUCGAUGCCGUUGCACUCCCUCCUUCACAUGACUCGUAGAGAAAUAUAGCAAUGUCCCUGCCUGGAGCUCCAAAAGGAUAAGAAAAAAAACAAAGAAAAAAAACCCACCGCGGAGAAAUCGAGAUUCGAACACUGUAUCUGUAUGAGUGACCAGUGUAGCAGGUGAGCGUUGCAACGUGAUGCCAAGAUGCUGCUAUCUCUGGGAAUGCUGAUGCUGUCGGCCACGCAGAUCUACACCAUCUUCACCAUUCAGCUCUUUGCUUUCCUCAACCUGCUGCCUGUGGAAGCCAACAUUGCAGCUUACUCAUUUGACAACAAAACUAAGAAUUUUGAUGACCUCCCUUCACGGUUUGGGUACCGACUACCAAGUGAUGGAUUGAAGGGUUUCCUGAUCGGGGCACGACCAGCGAAUGCAUGCGAGCCCAUUGAGCCCCCCCCAAGGGACAACCUGACGGGUGCCUUCAUUGUCCUUAUCAAACGCUUUGACUGCAACUUUGAUGUUAAGGUCCUCAAUGCACAGAAAGCUGGGUACAAGGCAGCCAUUGUUCAUAAUGUGGACUCUGAAAACUUGAUCAGCAUGGGCUCCAAUGAUCUGGACGUGAUGAAGCAGAUUGAUAUUCCUUCUGUGUUUGUAAGCGAAGAUACAGCCACCUCUCUGAAAGACGACUACCUGUUUGACAAAGGGGGCCAUGUGAUCCUCAUGCCAGACUUCAGCCUGCCAUUAGAGUACUACUUGAUCCCAUUCCUCAUUAUAGUUGGAAUCUGCCUCAUCCUUAUUGUUGUCUUCAUGAUCACAAAGUUUGUCCAAGAUCGACACAGGGCUCGGAGGAGCCGCCUGCGCAAAGAUCAGUUAAAGAAACUUCCGAUACACAAGUUUAAAAAAGGGUACGCACCGGAACUCAGCAUUUUGGCACGGAAAGUAACCUCACACGGCACUGGAGACAUCUACGAUGUUUGUGCCAUCUGUCUGGACGAGUACGAAGAAGCAGACAAACUCCGGGUCCUACCAUGUUCUCAUGCCUACCACAGCAAGUGCGUGGACCCCUGGCUGACCAAAACCAAGAAAACGUGUCCGGUGUGCAAGCAAAAGGUGGUCCCCUCGCAGGACGACUCCGACUCAGAGGAGAGCGGCGCCGAAGAGAACGACGAGGCGUCCGAAAGCACCCCGCUGCUGCGCUCGCUGGCCUCCACCAGCGCCCACUCCUUCGGCACCAUGUCGGCGGCAUCUCGCUCCGACCGCGGCCAGGAGUCUUCCUCUUCUGAGUACGAGGACGACGAGCUGGACGAAAGCAGCAACAGCGAGGAGGAGGUCAAUGUGGAGACCGUGGUGGUCCAGAUGCAGCGGUCGAGCCCUGAAGGCCACGAUCACGACCUACUUCAAGCUUGACUCUUUGUUGGGAACCCCUCAAAAGAUGCUGCUUACUUUAAUAUCCUCUCCCUGCAUAUUCAGAUGUACAUUUGAUUGCAAGCUAGCGAAUGAAGUGUUGAAGGAACCUGUGCUAGGACUACACAUACCAACUGUAUUGGAGUCGCUAAUAUAAGACACUCCUGAAAAACGAAGACAAUGUCCAGAAGAGCAAUGCGUAAAUACACUCAUCACCAUAUGUAUAAACUGUGACACUCUCUCAUCAUUUUUUACUGUACAUACACACUGAGGCUUCUUCAACUGCUAUGCCGCUUCUUCUCCAGCCACGUUUUUUUAAGUACAGAGUGGAAAGAACACAGUAUACAGAGCAGUUUCAGCCCAUCACUGGAAAGUAAAACAGUAAGUCAUGUUACAAGAAAUAAGUCAUUGUGUUGCAAGAAUGAAGUUUUAAUAAUACCAACCAAAAAAAGUCAUUUCAUAGUCAUGUUAUGAGAAGAAAAUUAGGGUGUACCACGACUCUCACCUAAAGUCAGCUGGGAUAGGCUCCAGCUCACCUGCGAUGCUAAUGAAGACAGGCGCUAUAGAAAAGGGAAAGAGGAAAAGAAUAAAUUGUUCACUUGAGGAGUUGUGAAAAAAGACAGAACACUACAAAAAUGUAGUCAUAAUAUUAAUAGAAAAGUUAUUUGCGAAUAUAGGAGAAAAGUCUUUAUUUUCAAGAAGCUUUAUUGUGAGAAGAUGGACUGGCGACCAGGUUGCAUGACUUCAGAUUUUGUAAGUCGACACUAAAUUGAGUCGAUUUCGACUCGACGCUGAUCACGUUAUUGUUUCAGUGCUGUAAUUUUUAUUUUUUUUAAUCACAGGCAGAGGUAAUGCUUUGCAAUCACACUUGUCGACAAAUUUGUCUUAAGAUUUUUUUUUUUGCUGAUUUUGGACAGUUUUGAUGUGCUGAAUCCAAAUCAACUUUUUGAACUGUGGCCACGUUUUUGUUUACGUGUAGAUAUUUUCGCUUUAGAGGUUCAAAUAAACGGAGGUUCAUGCCCUGAAUUCUGAGCAAUGAUGAUGUAACACUCAAUUAACAGGUACUUUUAUCAAUGUUUACAAUUAAAUUUGCAGUAGGCAAAGUUUGUAACAUUUGAUUAAUAAACUUAACAACUUGGCAUAAAAACAUGA